AUGGUGUUGCAAGAGGGCCUCCUUGUCAAAGGUUGUUUGAUCGACGAAGGCUUGGGUUCAAUAGAAUGGUGUGUUUGGAUUCAGUUUCGUGCUUCGUCUGGAGGGAUUCGUGCUGUAGUGUCAGAUCUGGGUUAUUGCAUAUCUUUGUUCGGCUAA